UGCCACCAAUCGCAACCACAGACGCAUACUCAAAAGCAAGGGGAAAGCUGAAACACUAUGCAGAACCAGGGGAGACGGUAGCUUGACUGCGAAGUCGCCAACUUUGGACAGUCAACUUUAUUCUCGUCCCAUUCCUUCUAUGGUUCUCUUGUCGUGGAGUACUGGAGCAGUGGAAGGGAUGCGGUGAUGGGGGAGAAAGGUGGCACCUUUUGGCUCAAAGACGCCAUUUUUUUCUGGAAUUCCUCGGAAAAUUUCCCCAAAAGCUGAUUAACAAAGACUCCGAUAAAUAUCAAAUGGUUAGCUCAUGGCAUCAUAAUGCUUCCAUCAAUCCACUGUAAAAAGGACGGAUAUGUUUGUAUUUGUUAUUGGCAGCUUUGAGUUCAAUUCUGUUCGACCGGAUCCAAACCCAUUUCUCCUAUGAAUGCAAAAGGUUCAAUUUUUAAGCUAUUUCACUUGGGCCGAUGUGUUUCAAACUUCAUACCUCCUUGGCGGAAGGGAGGUGUAUGUUUGUUUGAACAUGAUGUUGUCUUUCAAGAACUCCCCGUUCUUUGUUGUCAUCCACUUGCUAGAUGCUUCCUUAAUAAAAGAGGUCUGGUUGAAGGCAUGGGUCACAGGCUUCUGCUUUUUGUCUUUCUCUACUCUCUUCCUGGGAUUUUGGCUCAAGAAAGUGCAGAAGCCACUGUUAUAGUUAAGGGGUCUGCUACAGUUGCUGAAACUGAUAAAAAUUUUGUGUGCGCUACUAUCGAUUGGUGGCCUCCAGAGAAGUGCAACUAUGAUCAAUGUCCAUGGGGUGAAUCUUCUGCUCUAAAUCUGGAUGUAGAUCAUCCUUUUCUAGCCAAUGCCAUCAAAGCAUUCAAGUCUUUGCGGAUCAGAGUUGGAGGCUCUUUGCAAGACAAAGUUGUGUAUGGUCUGUCGAAUUUGGGUCACCCUUGUUUGCCAUUUACAAAGAUGGAAGAUGGGUUGUUUGGGUUCUCCCAAGGCUGUCUAAGCAUGGACAGGUGGGACAAGCUCAACGAUCUUUUUCGAAAGACUGGAGCAAUUGUCACAUUUGGUCUGAAUGCGCUCCAUGGGAGGAAUCACAUACGAAAUAAAGUUUGGGCUGGCCCUUGGAACUCUACUAAUGCUCGUGAUUUCAUAGAGUACACAAUAUCAAAGCAGUAUCCGGUUGAUUCAUGGGAAUUUGGAAAUGAAUUGAGUGGACAUGGAAUUGGUGCAAGUGUUGAUGUUGAACUCUAUGGAAAGGACUUAGUUGGCCUUAAAGCCAUCCUUGAUGAGUUGUAUGAGAACUCCGAUUCUAGACCUUCUCUGCUAGCACCCGGAGGAUUUUUUGAUCAUCAGUGGUAUGGUCAACUCCUUCAGAUUUCGGGGCCUGGUAUUGUCAAUGCCAUGACACAUCAUGUUUACAAUUUAGGUGCAGGCAAUGAUCACCAUCUUAUUAAGAAGAUAUUGGACCCAAAGUGUUUAAGUCAAGCAGCAGAUAUUUACAGAGGCAUCCAACUUACAAUACAAAGACAUGGACCAUGGGCUUCUGCUUGGGUUGGUGAAGCUGGUGGUGUCUCCAAUAGUGGUGGUCGUCAUGUAUCCAAUACAUUUAUGAACAGUUUCUGGUACUUAGAUCAACUUGGAAUGGCAUCAAAGUACAAUACAAAAGUUUACUGCAGACAGACUCUGAUUGGUGGCAAUUAUGGCCUCCUUGAUACUGAAAAAUUCGUACCAAAUCCUGAUUACUACAGUGCAUUACUGUGGCAUCAGCUUAUGGGAAGAGGAGUUCUUUCUGUUGAUAUUGAUGGAUCUCCAUCUUUACGUGUUUAUGCCCAUUGCGCCAAACAAGAAGCAGGUGUUUCUGUACUCCUGAUCAAUCUAAGCAAUACCACCAAGUCCAUUGUUACUGUCCAGAAUGACAUUAAUGUAAAUCUUGGUGAGAAAGAUGGCAUCCAAAAAGACAGUUAUUUUGUUCACGGUCUCAAGAAAACUGUUUCAUGGCUUGGAAGAAAACCAUUGGAUGGGAGUCAAAAGAGAGAAGAGUAUCAUCUAACUGCAAAGGAUGGAAACCAUCAAAGUCAAACCAUGCUGCUCAAUGGGAGCCCUUUGGAGCUCACUGAGGAUGGAGGUAUUCCAGCUCUGAAUCCUGCAUAUGUCUCUGUUAACUCACCUAUAAAGAUGGCUCCCAUGUCCAUUGCAUUUGUGGUCUUCCCGAACUUUGAGGCUCGAGCUUGUGCAUGAAUAUCCUUUGUUUUAUAUGUUAACUGAGUUUUUGCCAUUUAUAAUGCACUUACCUUAUAUGUCAUGAAGGUCCUGAAGUUAGAGAUGUGAAAAGAACAAUAUGAAUCAUCUAUAUUCAAUUAUAAAGCUUUUCAUUUUUUCCUCCUACUUCCCAUGGACCUUUGAUGAAGUGAAUUGAUGCAAUAGAUGUAUGUAUAAAUUUUCUUAUUGCUAA